AUGAAAUGAAAUGAAAAGAAAAGAAGCAAACGAGGGCGGAGGCGGCUUUUCUGCCUCCAUGUGGGUUCGUGGGGCUUCCUCCCGAAGCAGAUGUUGUCCUUGUUCCCAUCGAUCGCCAUGGUUUCCUCCUACUCCUCAUCGACGUUGGAAGAGCCCCGGAUCUGCGAUCCCUCGGCGAUGGAGGCGGCGGCCCGGGUUUCGGGGACGGUGGCGGUGGCCGCAUGUGCGGCCAUGGCGUUCUUCUACGUCGCGAUCCUCUACUCCCCGACCCUGAUCCUUCGCCUCCCUCCACCGGCAUCGCUCGAUAGCUUCAUGAUCCGGCGGUUCGCCUGCGCGGCUGUCUCCUCCGCCGCCUCUGUGCUUGCCUGCGGCCUCCUCCUCGGACUCGGGAAACUCGACGAUUUGCCAUCUAUCCUCGGUGUUCUAGGUAUCAGGAGAGAUCACUUGUGGCAAGCUGUGGCCUUUCCUCUGCUACUGACAUCCUUCCUGUAUGCCGGGUCAUUCGUGUCGAGGUCAUGGAAGCUGAUUAGUGCAUCAAUAGAAAGGAGCGAAAAUUCUUACGGGGAAGAUGGAAUCUGUGGACAAGGGUGUACAGAUUGGGUGUGUGCAUAUGCCCGGGAUGUGAUGGCUUGGCGUAAUUAUGUGGUGGCACCAUUUACUGAAGAGCUUGUUUUCAGGGCCUGUAUGAUACCACUGCUCCUUUGUGGAGGAUUUGGAACUAGCAGUAUCAUAUUUUUCAGUCCGGUUUUCUUCAGUUUAGCACACUUAAAUCAUUUUUUGGAGCUCUACUACCAGCAAAGAUACAGAUUUAUGAAGGCUUUCCUGAUUGUAGGCUUCCAGCUUGGUUAUACUGUGAUAUUUGGGUGGUAUGUGUCUUUUCUCUUCAUUCAAACAGGGAACUUAAUAUCUCCUAUUGUGGCCCAUGUUUUUUGUAAUGUGAUGGGUCUGCCAUUGUUGUCAUCUCCAAGGACAAAAGGGACAACAACUGUAGCUGCUGCAGCUGGUGUGGUCAGUUUCUUAUAUCUUCUAUUUCCAGCCACACGACCAGGACUGUACAAUGAUAUGAGAGAAGGCUGUAGCUGUUGGCACCGAUAUUGUAGUUGGAGUUGAUACUGAAGUUGGAUGGUAGCAACAGAAGAAAGUCACAACACGAAAGAGAAGCUCAAGAUCCCUCAUCGACUUGAAUCAGACAACAGGAAAGUUGUUUCCUUUUGGUUUUUACUUCUGUUAAUGAAAAUUUAGUGUUUUUUAGGUAUGUUUGUUUUACAUGUAUUCUACAUUGUUUUUCCUGAUAUUGAUUCCUGUCCAAUUCCUAUGCUACAUGGUAUGACUGGGUUAAUAAUGAUCUUCAUUCAAAAAAGCAUCUUAGGUUAAA